UUGCAAUAAGUUUAGAUCGUGUAUUUGUUGUACUUGUUCGGAUUCUUCAAAAUAUUCAAUUAGAAUCUUUAAACACACAACUGUCAGUAUAAACGUAUUCAAAUAUCACACACACACAUACAAAGUCGUAGAAAAAACAUAAUAACGUAAAUAAUACACAUAUUUCGACCGAACCUCGUAUAACGAAUCAGCGAUUUAAUUCGCCGCACCGACGCGUCUCGCGCUACCGCCACCUAUCUAUUCGAUUUCGAUUUAAUCAUCGACGCUUGCGCGGCGCUACGCGUCGAAAGCGUCAGCCCAGAUGGACGCCAGUACAUUAGCAACUAUGGACAAGGAUGCUUUGAAAAAGCAAAUUGAGAAUAUGAAAUAUCAGGCGGCCAUGGAGCGCUGGCCAUUAUCGAAAUCGAUAGCUGCGAUGCGAGAAUAUGUCGAGGAGAACGAAAAGAACGAUCCUCUGAUCCACGCUCCCGACAAAAAAAAUAAUCCUUGGGCCGAAAAAGGAAAAUGCGUCAUCAUGUAGAAUCACCACGUGAUCUAUAAUUUCCGUUUAUUUUAUUUUAUUUUUUUUUCUUUAAAAUGCGAUUGUUAUGUAGUUUAAGUGUAACCAGUUUAAAAUUUUCGACUUUUUUCAAUUACAUGUAGUGUAUACAGGGUGAUAUUUUUUAAUCUAAUCGUCGGUUGUACAAGGUGAUUGGAAUUAGUUAUGGAGGAUGGAAUUUUUCACCUCAUUUUCUGUCCGAAAUAUCGCGGGAUAUUUGCUCUGGAGGAACAAACGCAAAUUAUACCUAUAUACUGAGUGUUUUUUAGCUUGAUAUUAGCUUUGUUGGCAAAUAUGAUAAUCUAACUUGACCCAGCUGAUACAAGGAAAAUAUUAAUUAAGAUACUCAUAUAUAUAUAUAUAUAUAUAUAUAUAUAUAUAUAUAUAUAUAUAUAUAUAUAUAUAUAUAUAUAUGCUAUAUGUGUAAGAGUUCCGUAUUUUUGUUCCUCCUGUAUAUAUAUAAAUUUUUUUUCAAGCAAAAAUCCUCGGUUUUUUCUAAUUAUCUAGUACAAAUUUCAAAAAAAAAUUUCGCCCUUUUCAGCUUGUUUGUAGGUGUUAGUGAUAUUCCUCGUAUGAUAUUUGUAAACUAUGGUGAAAAAAGAUCGUUUAUUUCUAACGAAAUUUUCGAAUAAUUCCAAACUGCAUCUAAUUUUACCAUCAAAAAAUAAAUUUUCGAAAAUUUCAACACACAAUAAACGAUCUUUAUAUCGAUGGUUUACUUAAUUAUUUUUCAAUUAAAUCGAUUCUUGAUAAAAAAAUAAUAGUAAGUUAACCUCGAUAUUGAGGUAUUUACAGGUUUUUAUAUACAUGGUAGAAAAAAAAGACAUUGAGCUUUAGUCUAGUCAUCAGUUUGGUAGGAUUUCGAAAGCUAUGCGUGAUAUUUUCAAAAAUUUGACGGGUAUUUGAAAAAAAAACAACAAUUGACAUCAUAAAUGUUGAUUUAAUUGAAUUUAACGAAAAAAAAGUGAAAAAAACGUACAAAAAGAGUUGAAAUUAACAAAAAACGAAUAAAACAUCUGCCGAUGGAGAAAAGAACGAUGUUGAAAGGGAAAUAAGAAACAGAACAGAAACAGUUCAACGCUUAGUGUUUGAAAUAGAAGCCAUUUUGUAAUAAUACAAUAUUAAUUUUUUGUUUUAAAUGACGUUAUAAACACAAAACAAUUUGAAUUUUUAUAAUAUUAGGGUAAAAAAAGAAGUACAAAAACGUACGGUUAAAUUCACUUUGAAAUCGUUCACUGGUGUUAGAUUGAUACAAUUUUUCACUUAUUCACACACUUUUCAUAAAAAUAUAACAAUAAAUCACCAAAAAAUAAUAAUAUCAUGUUGAAUACCGCUAUUUGAAAACUAAAAUUCGGCCAUUAUUUUAAUAUUUCUUCUUCUUUUUUAGUAACAGAAUAUUUUAUAUAUUUUCAUAGAUAUUACAAGUCAUAGUAUAAGAAAGAACGUUAUUGCGAUUUCGAUGAGAGAGAAAGAAACGGAGAAUCAAAUAUUGCACUAAGUUGUGUAUGUUUCGGUUUGUGGGAACUUUUGAUUUUUUAUCCUUCUCAUGCACGCGAAUGUCUGGUUUUUAUAUCUCUGUUUCUUAUUUCACGAAUAUCAAUCGGAAUUUUGAUACUUAUUGUCGGUAAUCAGGGGCGUAACGAAUUUUUUUAUUACGGUCAAAAUGAGAUUAAUUAAAUUCAUUUUUCACGUUAAAAAUGAUUGCUUAGGAAUUUUUGUUGGUUAUUAUAGAAUUUUUUUAAUUAGAUAUUUGUAAAAUGGAAAAUUAUUUGUAAUUUUAAGCAAGUAUAUUUUAAUUUUUGAACGUUUCGUGCUUUCCCUUCGUAGUUUUUGGAAUUGUAUAAAAAAAAUAUCGAAAAAAUUACGCAUAAGCUUUCGAAAUAUGACUAAUUAUUUAUUAUUAGCUGUAAACUGUAUAAUUAUUCAAUUAAUAUAAUAUAUUAUACAUAUAAGCUAAAAAAUGUACCAGUUGAUUAUAAAAUUAUUAUAUCUUCUUGAAAAUAAACCAAUGUUGC